AGAGGUGAGAAAUGCCAACCAAGUCUCCUUCUUUGUCACCUUAAAAUCACCUCCAAAUUUGUCUAACGCAAAGGGUAGUCAGAGAAACCCAUAAACAGUGACACAUCACAUUACCCUCGGCCUCUCCCAUCCAAGAACUCCCCUUCUUUCAUCUUAGUAUCCUUUCCUCACACUUUCUUUCAUUUGUGUCCCUAUAAAGAAAAAAACACAGCCCAUUUUUCAUGUCUCUAAACCCAUUUCACAACUCAGAGUAACACACUAGAGAAACACCUCCAAGCAAGACAGAGAGAGGAGAAGAGAAAAAGCAUGGCAGUUUCUACUGUCUACACAGUUCAAAUUCAAUCCCUCAACUCAAUCUCCACACCAUCAAAAUCCCACUUGGGAUUCAACCAACUUCUCUACAGCUCUGGCAAGAAAACCAGGAGGGCUACUCACAUAUCAUGCUCAGCUGAUAAUGACAAGACUGUGGUGAUCGGCCUGGCUGCGGACUCCGGAUGUGGGAAGAGCACCUUCAUGCGACGCCUGACCAGCGUCUUCGGCGGUGCAGCAGAGCCACCAAAGGGCGGCAACCCUGACUCCAACACCCUCAUCAGUGAUAUGACUACUGUCAUAUGUUUGGAUGAUUAUCACUCACUCGACAGAAAUGGAAGGAAAGAGAAGGGAGUCACAGCACUUGACCCCAAAGCCAAUGACUUUGAUCUCAUGUAUGAGCAGGUUAAGGCUGUCAAAGAAGGAAUUGCUGUGGAUAAGCCUAUUUACAAUCAUGUCACUGGCUUGAUAGAUCCUCCCGAGUUGAUCAAACCUCCCAAGAUUUUCGUCAUCGAAGGUUUACACCCAAUGUAUGAUGCACGUGUUAGAGAACUCUUGGACUUCAGUAUUUACCUGGACAUCAGCCCUGAAGUUAAAUUCGCAUGGAAAAUUCAGAGGGACAUGGCUGAAAGAGGGCACAGUCUUGAGAGCAUCAAAGCUAGUAUUGAAGCCCGGAAACCAGAUUUUGACGCUUACAUUGAUCCGCAGAAGCAAUAUGCUGAUGCAGUGAUAGAAGUGUUGCCUACCCAACUCAUCCCAGAUGAUGAGGGGAAGGUUUUGAGAGUGAGAUUGAUAAUGAAAGAAGGCGUGAAGUACUUCAAUCCAGUGUACCUGUUUGAUGAAGGCUCCACCAUCUCAUGGGUACCCUGUGGCAGGAAGUUGACUUGCUCUUACCCCGGCAUCAAAUUUGCCUAUGGUCCUGAGACUUACUUUGGCCAUGAGGUCUCAGUUUUGGAGAUGGACGGACAAUUUGACAGACUAGACGAGCUCAUUUAUGUUGAAAGCCACCUGAGCAACAUUUCCACCAAGUUCUACGGUGAAGUCACCCAACAAAUGUUGAAGCAUGCAGAUUUUCCAGGCAGCAACAAUGGAACAGGGCUCUUCCAAACAAUCGUCGGCUUGAAGAUCAGAGACCUUUACGAGCAGAUUGUCGCAAGCAAGGUUGCUGCUCCAUUGGAAGCCACAAAGGCCUAAGAAAUGCCUAAAACUAUUGAGAUAGGCACCAGCCCUCUAAUUUUUCUGUAUGUUGUAUGAGUUGAGUGAGGGUAAUCCUCAUAAAAAUUGAGAUAUUCUCCGUUGUGUAUCUAUUUUUCAGUUGGCUCUCUGGAGACCUGUAACAUAGAGAAACGAAAGCACAUAUGAAAUGGAGACAUGUAUAAAACAUAUUUCAGUGAUCAAAGAAGCUCCGGUAGUCAAA